GCGCGCGCGCGUUGUGUGUCUGUGUGUGUGCGCGCGCGCGCGCGCGUGUUGUCAUUAUUAUCCAGUCUGCUCCCCGGCUCAGAAUGGCCAGAUUCACUCAGACUGAAACAAGAAGGCAUCAGCAUCAGCAGCAGCAGCAGCAUCAGCAGCAGCAGCAGCAGCAGCAGCAGCAUCCUCCUCCUCCUCCUCCUCCUCCUCCUCCUCCUCCUCCACCACAACAGCCCCAUCCCGCUCACACCCACCUGGUUCUCAGCGCACCGGGGGCCGCAGCGACCCAUCAGCCGCCACAGGCGACCCCGCACCAGCACCAGUACCCGCACGGCACACCCGCGAAACCCAUGAACGGCUCCGAAUCCAUUUCCAUUCACCCGGACGGCUCCAACAUGAAAGACCAAGAUGCCAUCAAGCUGUUCAUCGGGCAGAUCCCGCGCAACCUGGAGGAGAAGGACCUGAAGCCGCUCUUCGAGCAGUUUGGGAAAAUCCACGAGCUCACAGUUCUGAAGGACCGAUACACCGGCAUGCACAAAGGCUGUGCGUUCCUCACCUACUGCGCACGCGAAUCGGCCAUCAAAGCCCAGAACGCCCUCCACGAACAGAAGACACUGCCAGGGAUGACUCGUCCCAUCCAGGUGAAGCCAGCUGACAGUGAGAGCCGUGGAGAAGACAGGAAGCUGUUUGUGGGAAUGCUGAACAAACAACAGACCGAGGAGGACGUAUACCGCCUCUUCGAGCCCUACGGAGUCAUCGAGGAGUGCACGGUGCUACGGGGGCCUGAUGGCAACAGCAAAGGCUGUGCCUUUGUGAAAUUCUCCACGCACACUGAGGCCCAGUCGGCGAUCAGCGCCCUGCACGGCAGCCAGACUAUGCCAGGUGCUUCCUCCAGCCUGGUGGUGAAGUUUGCCGACACGGACAAGGAGCGCACCAUCCGCCGCAUGCAGCAGAUGGUGGGCCAGUUCGGCAUCUUCAACCCCGCCAUCGCCCUGCCCUUCAGCACCUAUAGCACCUACGCACAUGCGCUGAUGCAGCAGCAGGCCGCCAUCAUGGCGGCCACGCACGGCGGCUACUUGACCCCCAGCGUGGCCUUCCCCGCGGCGCAGAUCCACCAGAUGGGGGCGCUCAACAUCAACGGCCUGCCACCCACCCCCAUGACCCCGGUGUCGGGUGAGUUUCAUCAGACGCUGGGCCUCAGCUCGCCACCCGCCAACAUCGCCACAUCCGCCGUGCCCAGCAUCGUCACGCCCAUCGUCAACGGCUUCACCGGCAUCCCCCACCAGCCCAACGGGCACCCCGCCGUCGAGGCUGUCUACACCAACGGCCUGCCGCCCUACUCCGCCCAGAGCCCCACGGCUGCCGACACCCUCCAGCAAGCCUUCACCGGUGUGCAGCAGUACACAGCGAUCUACCCGGCGACCACGCUGACCCCUAUUGGACAGACACUGCCACAACCCCCCCAAGUCAUCCAGCAACAGCAGCAGAGGGAAGGACCCGAGGGCUGUAACCUGUUCAUCUACCACCUGCCGCAGGAGUUUGGGGAUAAUGAGCUCAUGCAGAUGUUCCUACCCUUUGGAACUGUCAUCUCCUCCAAGGUCUUCAUGGACCGAGCCACCAACCAGAGCAAAUGCUUCGGUUUCGUGAGCUUCGACAACCCGGCGAGCGCGCAAGCUGCCAUACAGGCCAUGAACGGGUUCCAGAUCGGGAUGAAGAGGUUGAAAGUCCAGUUGAAAAGACCGAAAGAUGCCAGCCGCCCAUACUGACAGGUCCCCGACUCAUCCCUUGAGUGUUCAACUGCAACAGCACAGGUGAGCAGGCGGCAACGCGGGCAGCACGUAUUUAAUCCGCUCAAACAUCACCGAGACGCGACCACGAUGCUUUUCAACAUAAACCUCUAAUAAUCCCGCUCAUCGAGACUCUCGUGAAUUGACAUCGAAAUGAAGGAUUUAUGUGCAGGUUAAGUGGCGAUUCGGCGAAGACCGUAAUUCCGCAUCUUCGGUGUUAGCAGUCCUCCCAAAUACAGAAUUUCUGUAACUGCCAACGGAGCGUGCAACACUUGAAAUGUACUUGGUGAGUACAGGUAACAGUUAUACCUUCAUAUAACGAAAAUAAUGAGGCCGUUACAUUAGAUUUUGUCAUUUAGCUGGCGAUUUUCUCCAAAGCAGUUAUUCACCUGUUCGUACGGCGGAGUAAUUUCGAGCGAGUGCCUCGCUCGAGGGUACUACAGCCGGAGAUCGAACCCGCGACCUUUGGAAUCGAAAGCAGCGGCUCGGACCACUACGCUACCAGGUGUCCCCGUCUCACCCAUUAAGUCAAUUAUAGUCAAGGCACAAGAGACAAUUUUUCAUUUGUUUGUAAAGAAAAGAGCGUUUAACCUCCCCCAAAGACAAAUGUUGGCAAAUUGUGCUGAGUCAGAGUAGACCUCCUCAAGUGGCGAAAAGUCUAAACUGUUUUGACACCGUAGGUUAUGGAUGUGACAAGUCGGAUUUGGACUGCCUUUUAUCAAAUCGUGACAGAAACCAAUACGGCCCGUGCGUCGCUCUCCCGACGUUUAAUCAUCGCUUUUAUUUUCUCGGCAUGCUUUCAGAGGCUUGUAUGGUUUCACAU